ACGGGCAUAGUAGUCGACAGCAGCAUUCUUCGAACAUUUUCAAGAUCUUCGAGAGUAACUGCUCCAGCCGACAAUACAAAUGGUGGCGAUCGAACCGCACGUAUCAACUCCAUAAACCCUCCUUCGAUACGUCGUCUGUAAACCCUCGCUCUGUAUACUGCACCGACUCAUACGUGGACCGGUCCGACGAACGUUACUACGGGAGCGUAAAGUACACAAAAGCAUAUGAUCUGGAAGAAGGAGCGACCGAGGGAGGGAGGCAACAUUCAAAGUGGCUUCUGCCUCGAGCUAUCUGCGAGUCGAUGCGUGAGGACGGACAAUCGCAUUCUGUGAAUUAAUCGUCUGUAAAGACGUCGUACAAUUGAAGCGUGAUCCGUGAAAAGAAUUUCUGGAAUUUCUGGACUUGCUGUUUUCACGCUGGCUUCUCGACAUGCGGUGCACCAAGCGCGAACCCUAGGGAUAUUCAGGGGGUGACGAGCGGGUCGAUCCUAUCGUGUUCACGGGAAUUUCUUUUGGGGUAAAUUUUUUCUCUGAAGAAGUAGGUCACGAUGCCGGCCACUGCGGGGCGUGUGCGUAUGCCCGCAAAUAACCGUGUUCAUAGUAGUGCGGCCUUGCAAACUCACGGAAUAUGGCAGAGUGCAAUUGGGUAUGAUCCUUACGCUCCAGAUCAAAAGUCUCAGCCUGAUGACCGCGGUGGAGCACCGGCUGCAUCGACCGGAGGAGGGGGAAUCACAGAGGAGCAGCAAAAUGCGUAUGACAGCUUUCAAGGUCUGUUGGCCUUGGCUCGGUUGACUGCUUCGAGCGCUGAUGAGGUACGGGGUGCAUGUAAGAAGUGUGGAAGAGUGGGUCAUCUGACAUUUCAGUGUCGUAACUUCUUAACUGCGAAAGAAGAGGCUGCGGCAGCAGCUGCUGCCGUGCUUGACAAAGAAAGAGGAGCGAAAGGGAAGGAAGGAAUCAGUGAGUCAGAUUUUGGGAGCGACGAUUCGGAUGAUGAUUCAUCUGACAGUGACGAAGAUCCAGAGAUGGAGAGAGCCAUUGCAGAGAAGUUUGGCUGGAAAGGUAAGGGCGGGAGCACUCGUGCCCGCGAGAAAGGUAGUACGAAGACGGGGAAAUCGAAAAGAAGUUCGAAAUCCGUGUCGAAACAUCGAAGGUCGAGCAAGAAGAAAGCCUCAUCAGAGGAGAGCAGUGACUGCAGCUCUGAUUCAGACACUAGGUCAAGACGUAAACGUCAUGAAAAGGAAAAGAAGAGGAGACGAGACCGAUCUCCAGAGAGGGGUCGGAGAAGGCAUCGUGACGAGAAGAGGAGGAGGAAAAGCAGGUACUCGAACGAAGAUGAUUCUAGCGAUAGCAGUUUAGAGUUACCGAGAAAAAAUUCUCAUAGGAAAGGCCGAGAAGAGAGGAGGAAAAAGCGGGAUUCGUCUCCCAGAACUGUUUCUGAGAGCAAUGGCAGACAUACCAGGAAGUCACAGGGUAGAAGAGCUGCGGUAGACGGGGAUAGUGAUGGAAGUCCUAAAAGGAAGACCAGAGAAGAAUAUAGAGGCAGGAAACCAGCAAUGGAUGCUGAGCGCGAUUAUGACAGCUCCGAUUCGCAUGAAAUGGUAAGUCGCAAGCAUCGACACGAGGAGAGGAGAUCGAAAGGAGGGGAUUGAAAACCUAAUUAUGUCUCGAAAGUACAUGCACUCUACUUUUUUAUAAGAAGGCGCCCCUGCAGGAUCUUGCAAGUCAGUAUGGUCCAGAACUGAUGAGUACUCUACUGGUCUCACUUUAUCCUUCAUUCUCAGGUCUCAUACUCCACAUUCAGGCCUAUCAUCUUGUACAAUACACAUUCUUCUCAGAUUGUUGAAUCUGCUGCCUGACUACCCAACUUGGUUCCACUGCACAUUCUUGAUCUUGUUUUCUCUUGGCUCUCUUAGAAACUCUACUUGAAGUAGAGUGAAUUUUAGAUUUAUUCUUCCCACUUUCCUUGGGUGCAACGCAUCCACUUGGAUCUGUGUAUAUGUAAGUUGAAACUCGUUGCCAUGUCGUGAGUCUACUCUAUAUUCAUCGAGAGAACUAUUUAUUGGCAGGUCUGGAUUUCGUGAACGCGGUGAGCAGUACUGUGUAAUUCAAAUAGCAGGUUGAUAUGAACUGGAAAUCUGCUAAAGGUCCAUAUCAUAUAUGGCUUUUGAUGUUGUGGUGGUCCAUGACAACUACGAUGAUUGCAAUUCAGCUGUGCGUGAUGAGCACUGCCCCGGAUCGCAUCUCACGUAGAAUCUCACAUCGCUCUGAAGUUGAUCAGUCUUAUUUAUCUCACCCCUUGCAUUCCAGAGCAGAAAUGUCUUUACUCAGGUUUCCACCGACGAAGGAGCCGGGAAAAAUAUGACGAUGUUGUGAGCAUGUCGCGUAGAUUUUAUUCAUGUUCCCAACAUUGUAACUAGACUGGAUAAUUGUUUCCUCAGUGUCGUUGGCACUAUAGUUUAUUAGCUUGUCUACUGCAUACGUCUGCUUCUGUUUUCAUGAUCAUUUUUCUGCCUCUGUCCCGAUUGCUUUUCUCGCAUGCUGGUCAUGGUUUCUACCCGUGUACCUAGAACCGUGUUAUGCCGUUGCUUUCUUUGCCAUCAGUCUCGUAAUGUUUCUUUCGUCCGUGCCAUGCUACAUAUGAACUCGGUUGAAAGCCAUGUUUGGUAAUUAUUCUGCCAUUAUAUGCUCUGCCAAAUUUGCCAUGUCUAACCCUGGGGUUGUAUCGCCGGAUUGUGAGAGAAGGUUGCUUGCAUGGGCUGAGCUCACUCGCGGCUGACUUUUUUAACUCAAUUUGA